CCCUCCGUCAUUUGUGGUCUGACCGUGGACGGGAUCUGACGCAAAAAGUCGGGAAUAUAAAAUAAUUUUCUCAAUUUCUGUUUCAUUCCCUUCUCAGUGGUCGUGGUGAGUGAAUUGGUCAGAGAUAAGUACAGUGAAAUGCUAGUGAAGCAGUUGAAUCAGUGAAAAUUCUCGGAUAUACCGCCACAUCUGCUGUUGUCCUGCAAUAAAUCAAAUUAGGAGAAAAGUUCAACAGAUGAAAGAUGGAUCUCCAUAUUGUUUGGGCUCGUGAUAGUACUGAGGGAUAUGUUAAAGGACGUAUUUCUGAAAUAGGCAGUGAUCAAGAAUUUGAAGUGCAACCAUUAGAUAGUAAAUUUCCAAAACGUGUGUGUGCUGUUCAAGACAUCUUUCCAUCGUGCGAGGGAGAACAAGAUCACGAUGAUAACUGUGAACUUAUGUUCUUGAAUGAGGCCACUCUGUUAGACAACCUAAAGACAAGAUACUACAAAGAUAAAAUUUAUACAUACGUUGCGAAUAUACUAAUAGCUGUGAACCCAUAUAAGGAAAUUGGAGAUCUUUAUUCAUCAAGUACUAUUAAGAAAUACAAUGGGCGUUCAUUGGGCGAACUCCCACCGCAUGUUUAUGCCAUUGCUGACAAAGCUAUUCGAGAUAUGAAAGUGCUAAAAGUGUCACAGUCGAUAAUUGUUUCCGGUGAAUCUGGUGCAGGAAAGACUGAAUCAACGAAAUAUUUAUUGCGAUACUUGUGCGAUUCUGUGGCAGCGGCUGGUACAAUUGAACAAAAAAUUCUCGAUGCUAAUCCUAUCUUGGAGGCAUUUGGCAAUGCUAAAACAACAAGAAAUAACAAUAGUUCGCGUUUUGGUAAAUUCAUUGAGGUGCACUAUGAUGGAAAGUAUGCUGUGGUGGGUGGACAUAUAUCACACUAUUUAUUGGAGAAGAGCAGAAUAUGCACACAGAGCCCAGAUGAGAGGAAUUACCAUGUGUUCUAUAUGCUGUGUGCUGGUGCCCCACAGCAAUUGCGCGAGAAGCUGCAUCUGGGCAAACCUGAUGAAUAUAAGUAUCUGAGUGGGUGUACGCAGUAUUUUACCACGAGCACCACAGAUAAGAAGAUUCCAUCAGCCUACAAGUCCAAGGAUCAUGCAAAACGUGGUGGACUGAGAGAUCCAAUUUUGGAUGAUUUUGAGGACUUUGUGAACCUAGAUCAAGCCCUUUCACGUUUGGGACUGUCUGGGGAGAGUAAGCUUGAGAUAUACAAGCUAGUUGCGGGUGUUUUGCACCUUGGCAACAUCUCUUUCGAAGAUAAUCCCGAAGAUGCUAAAGGGGGAUGCAAGGUUUCACCGAGUUCCGAACAAUCACUCACGAUAACAUCCAGUUUGAUUGGUGUUGAUCCAUCUGAAUUGCGUCAAGCGUUGAUUUCGCGCGUGAUGCAGAGCAAGGGUGGAGGUGUUAAAGGGACUGUUAUCAUGGUUCCUCUGAAAGUCUAUGAGGCUAAUAAUGCACGCGAUGCUCUCGCAAAAGCCCUCUAUAGUCGUUUAUUUGAUCAUAUAGUCUCAAUAAUCAAUUUGAGUAUUCCAUUUAAAGCAUCAAGCUUCUAUAUUGGUGUACUAGAUAUUGCUGGAUUUGAGUACUUCACGGUGAAUUCAUUUGAGCAAUUUUGCAUAAAUUACUGCAAUGAGAAAUUACAGAAGUUCUUCAAUGACAACAUCUUGGCCAAUGAACAGGAAUUGUAUAAGCGUGAGGGAUUGAAUGUGCCUCAGAUUAAAUUUACAGACAAUCAGGAUAUUAUUGAGUUGAUUGAGAAUAAGUCAAAUGGAAUUUUUAUGAUACUCGAUGAAGAGUCAAAAUUGCCCAAACCGUCUCCAUGUCAUUUCACUUCGGAAGUGCAUAGUUCAUGGCAGGGUCACUAUCGACUCUCCUAUCCCAGAUCGUCACGCUUGAAGGCUCACAGAAGCCUGAGGGAUGAAGAGGGUUUCCUAAUAAGGCAUUUUGCUGGUGCUGUUUGCUACAAUACAAACCAAUUUAUCGAAAAGAAUAAUGAUGCAUUGCAUGCUUCACUUGAAUUUUUGGUGCAAGAAUCAGAAAAUAAACUCCUCAAUCGACUAUUUCAAUCGGGAUCGUCGGUUUCCAAGGGAAAACUGAGCUUCAUAUCGGUCGGAUCGAAGUUCAAGACGCAAUUGAGUGAGUUGAUGGAGAAGUUGGAGAAGAAUGGUACGAAUUUCAUUCGAUGUAUCAAGCCAAAUAGUCGAAUGGUGGAUCAUGAAUUUGAGGGGAGUCUCUGUCUGGCUCAACUGAAGUGUUCAGGAACGACAUCGGUGCUGGAACUCAUGGAAUAUGGAUAUCCAUCGCGUGUACCAUUUGGAGAAUUGCAUAAAAUGUACAAAUCCUAUUUGCCACCAGAACUUGCCAAACUCAGUGCAAGAACCUUCUGUGAAGCUAUGUUGCAUUCUCUCAAACUCCAUGAUAAAGAUUUCAAAUUUGGUAUCACAAAAGUCUUCUUUAGGCCUGGAAAAUUUGUCGAAUUCGACCGGAUUAUGCGCUCUGAUCCAGAAAAUCUCAAAGCAAUUGUGGCCAAUGUGAAGAAAUGGCUAGUACGAUCGAGAUGGAUUAAAUCAGCAUUCUGUGCCAUUUGUGUAAUAAAGCUGAAGAAUCGUAUAAUUUAUCGGAAUAAGUGCGUCCUAGUUAUGCAGAAAGUGAUUCGUGGCUAUUUGGCGCGCAAGAAGCAUCAGCCGCGCUACAAGGGUUUGCAGAAGAUAAGGGCAAUUAAAACCAAUUUGACCAAGAUGGAAGAGGUGGCCAAUCAGUUGAAGAAGGAGAAGGAUGUAAUGCUCAAUCAAGUUAAAUCCCUCUAUGCUUCAAUUGAUGAGGCCACGAAGAAAAUCAAAAGUAAUCAGUCAAUAACACCCAAGCAAAUUGAUGAGAUUUAUGUGGAUCUCAUGAAGAAGAUUGACCAGAAUACUGCCACCCUCAAGAAUAAAUUGCAAGAACAGAAGAAUGCUGAGGAGCAAGAGAGAUUGAGGAAGAUCCAAAUGGCACUUGAGGCUGAGAGAAAGGCCAAGGAGGAGGAAGAGAGAAAGCGACGUGAGGAGGAAGAAAAUAGGAAGAAAAAAGCUGAAAUGGAGGCAAAGAGAAAGGCCGAAGAAGCCGCACGGUUGAGGCAGGAGGAACUUGACCGGAAGACAGCGGAAGCACUUCAAGCUCAGUUGUGUGAAGAAGCGCUUCGGGACAGCAAAUACCGAGAACAGCUGGAGCAAGAAAGGCGCGAUCAUGAGCUUGCGACGCGUCUUGCCAGUGAAUCCAAUGGCCAAGUGGAUGAUAGUCCACCUCAAAUUCGCAAUGUACCACUCGAAGUGUCGGCUUUGGGUAAUCCAAACAGAUUGAUCAGAUCAGAGAAUAUUCGCGCACAGCAGCAAUUGAUUGGAAAGCAGAAACAUGAUUUAUCAAAAUGGAAAUAUUCAGAAUUACGUGAUGCAAUUAACACAUCGUGUGACAUUGAACUCUUGGAGGCUUGUCGUCAUGAAUUCCAUCGGCGUUUGAAGGUGUACCAUGCUUGGAAGGCCAAGAAUCGCAACAAGAGAUCAACAAUGGACGAAAAUGAGAGAGCACCAAAGAGUGUUAUGGAGGCUGCUGCGAAAGCAUCAUCGAGAAUUCAACCACGCCAAGAGAUAAAUACAGUAUCAGUUCAUCGAUAUUUCCGUAUUCCUUUUGUCAGGCCAAACGAUACUAAUGAUCCUGGAAAGAAAGGUUGGUGGUAUGCUCACUUUGAUGGGCAGUAUGUUGCUCGUCAAAUGGAGCUGCACGUGGACAAACAGCCUAUUCUCCUUGUGGCUGGAAUUGACGAUAUGCAAAUGUGUGAAUUGAGCCUGGAUGAGACGGGCUUGACGAGGAAACGUGGAGCUGAAAUUCUGGAGCACGAAUUUAAUCGAGAAUGGGAACGAAAUGGCGGGAAAGCUUAUCGUAAGAUUGGAACUACUAAUUGAGACAAUAAUUCUUUUUCUUCCUCCUAUUUUUAAUAUCAAAAUUAUUGAUGAAUAGUAUCUUUCUUUUCACAAAAAUCUGCCAAAAUGGCUCUAAGGAGUUGCACCCAGUAAUUAUUAACUAUACAUUUACAGACCAAGUGAAAUUAUUUUUCAGUGAUUUAUCAUUCCGUUGAUACAGCUUUUUUUAUCAGUUGGACAAUUUGCAAAAAAUUUUCAGUGAUUUUUCUAAAUUUUUCAGUGUAUAAAGUUUACUAGAGGAAAUUAAUGUGCAACUUUUAAGCGCAUUGAUCCAAUGCAUCGAAAAGUAUUUGUUGAAAAAAAGUAUCAGUAUUUACAGCAGAAAAGUCCAAAAUUCCAUGUCAAAAAAAGAAAUUAUAGAAAAAAAUUUAUCUAUUCCAAUUUUAUAUAAAUCAAAUUGUAAACACUAUCAAAAAAAAAGAAUCUAUUGCAUUUUUGAUGAUUCCGUGUUAAAAGUGCCUUGUCUAUUGAACACAAAAAAAGACGUAGAUGAAAUUGAAAUGAAAAAUUUUAGAAUAGACUGUUGAGGCACAUUCCGAUAUUAUUCCAAAAAAAAGUCGAAGAAAAAAUAAUAUUCCUCUAUACAAUUUUAUCAAAAUGUUUUAAAUAUUUGAAAUAUUAGUUCUUUUAGAAAGAAAAAAAAGUAAUAUAUAUAUUUUAAGAUUUUAGAUUUUAGAUUUUAGAUUUUAGAUUGAAGAGUUGCUUGAAUUCUAUUUAAUGCGAUUGAAAAAAAAGACUAAAAGAUGUUUUCCGUAUUGUCACACACUUAAUAUUAAAAGAAAGUAUUAAUUUAAUAAAAAAAAAGGUGGCAGAGAUUUUAGAUUUUUAUUAAUAAGAUGUUAAUUAUACACAUAUAUUUAGGAAUAAAAGAAUAUAUCGAAAUAA